AUGGAAGGUAGAAGGUUUGAGCGCCGAGCAACGGAAUGGACACCUGGUAUGGAAGGUAAAUAUGUUGCCCGAGGACAAUUUACGGGUGAAUGUAUCGCUGUUCUCACAAGCGGUGGAGAUGCCCAAGGAAUGAAUGCAGCUGUGCGAGCUGUAGUCCGUAUGGGAAUAUACUGCGGAUGCCGAGUAUUUUUCAUCAGAGAAGGAUAUCAAGGUCUUGUAGAUGGUGGUAACAACAUUCAGGAAGCAUCGUGGGCAGAUGUUUCUGGUAUUCUCCAAUUAGGAGGUACCAAGAUUGGAUCAGCUCGAUGUAUGGAUUUUCGUGAACGUUGUGGACGUUUAAAAGCUGCUGAAAAUCUGGUCAAAAAUCAAAUCACCAAUUUAGUGGUUAUUGGUGGUGAUGGUUCUUUAACUGGUGCUAAUCUAUUUCGAACUGAAUGGUCAAAUCUAUUGGAAGAACUUGUCACAUUAGUUAAGUUUUAUUACUAUAUGUAUAUAUGUAAAAUUAGUGCAGAAAAUGCCAAACAAUUUCAUCGUUUAAAUAUUGUCGGUUUAGUCGGUAGUAUUGACAAUGAUUUUUGUGGUACAGAUAUGACAAUUGGUGCAGACUCAGCAUUGCAUAGAAUUAUUGAAGCGACUGAUGCAAUCUCUACUACAGCUCAUUCACAUCAAAGAUGUUUCAUUUUAGAGGUGAUGGGUAGACAUUGUGGUUAUCUAGCACUUGUCGCAUCUAUGGCAUGUGAAGCUGAUUGGGUAUUUAUACCAGAAAUGCCACCAGCUGAUGAUUGGCGCGAAAAAUUAUGUCAUAAACUUCGAAUGAAUCGUGAACAUGGACAACGUGUCAAUAUAAUUAUGGUUGCUGAAGGUGCUAUCGAUAGAGGAUGUAACCCUAUCACUUGUGAAUUGGUGAAAAAUUUAAUAGUAUCAGAACUUCAACUUGAUACACGUAUAACUGUUUUGGGUCAUGUACAACGUGGUGGUUCACCAUCAGCCUUUGAUCGUAUUUUAGGCAGUCGUAUGGGAGCUGAAGCUGUUCUAGCCCUAAUGGAUGCUGAUCGUGAUCCUAAUCUCCCAUCAUGUGUUAUUAGUUUAGAUGGUAAUCAAGCAGUUCGUGUGCCACUUGUGAAAUGUGUUGAGAGAACACGUCAAGUUGCUGAAGCAAUGAAAGCUCGUGAUUUUGAUCGUGCUGUUGAAUUACGUGGAGCGAGUUUCAUGAACAAUUUAGCAACCUAUAUAAAACUUUCAAAAAUUGAACAACCACGUCAAAGUGUCAUGAACAACUUGAGAAUCGGUAUCGUGAAUGUCGGUGCUCCAGCUUGCGGUAUUAAUGCAGUAAUAAGAGGAUUUACUCGUCUGGGUAUCACUAAGGGUUAUAAGAUUAUCGGAAUACACGAAGGAUUCUCCGGUCUUGUUAAAGGCGAUGCUAGUGAAAUACAGUGGUCUGAUGUACGUGGAUGGGUGGGAAUAGGUGGUUCCAUAUUAGGAACACGCAGAGACACACCAAAUAGUUUAGGUAUAGAGAAAGUAGCCGCGAGAUUUAAAGAAUUCAAAUUAAGCGGUUUACUUAUUAUUGGUGGCUUUGAAGCAUACGAUUGUUUGAUAGAACUGGUCGAAGGACGUGAAAAGUAUCCUGAAUUAUGUAUACCUAUGGCUAUGGUACCAGCGACAAUUUCUAAUAAUGUUCCUGGUACUGAUUUCUCCUUGGGUUGUGAUACAGCUUUAAAUGAAAUAACCUCUGUAUUAGAUAAAAUUAAACAAAGUGCACUGGGUACAAAACGUCGUGUAUUUGUUGUUGAAACAAUGGGUGGUUAUUGUGGUUAUUUAGCUACAAUGAGUGCAUUAGCUGGUGGAGCAGAUGCUGCUUAUAUAUUUGAAGAACCAUUUACAAUUGAUGAUUUACGUGAAGAUGUAGUACAUCUACGUGCAAAAAUUGAUGAUAAUGUUAAACGUGGUUUAAUACUACGAGCUGAAUAUGCUAAUAAAUAUUAUACAAGUGAAUUUAUUCAUCAAUUAUAUGCUCAAGAAGGUCAAGGUAUAUUUGAUUGCCGUUGUAAUGUAUUGGGUCAUAUGCAGCAAGGUGAUAGACCGAGUCCAUUUGAUAGAAGUUUAGGUACAAAAUUUGCUUCGAAAGCAAUUGACUGGUUAGAUGAACAAAUCAAUGCUAAUAUACGUUCAGAUUCUACAGUCUAUACACCAGGACAUUUAUGCUGUACACUUAUUGGUAUUGUACGUCGUCAGACAACCUAUUCAAACAUUAUGGAAUUGAGAGAACAUACAGAUUUCGUACAUCGUUUACCAAAAGAAGAAUGGUGGAUUAGUUUACGUCCAUUAAUGCGUAUUAUGGCUAAACAUGAUAGUCUUUAUGAAUCAGAAAGUAUUAUGGCUGGAACUGAUAGAAAAUAA